AUGACCGCUGUGAAAGACUCUCAAUCUUUGAAUUCAAGUAUCAUCAGUAAGCGUCACGGUAUUAUCGCACAGAUGGAAACAUUGCUACAGUCAUGGUGUGAUAAUCAAGUAAGAGUGAAAAAUUGUCCUGUUGAUCAAAAUACAGUGUGCUUUCAAGCAAAGCAGAUUUUUGAAAAACUAAAAGAAGAAGCUGGGGAGGCGGCUGAAAAUGAAGUGUUUAAAGCUAGUAACGGCUGGUUCAGCCGAUUUAAGAGUCGUUGUAAUUGGCAUAGCAUCGCAGAGAGUGGAGAAGCGGCAAGCGCUGAUAAAGAAACUGCAUCUCUCUAUCCAGAAAAACUCAAAACAAUGAUAGAUGAAGGUGGCUACACUAGUCAAACUAUUUUCAACGUAGAUGAAACAGGUCUUUUUUGGAAGAAAAUGCCUAAAAGAACUUUUAUUGCGCGUGAAGAGAAAACUUUUCCAGGUUUUAAAGCCGCCAAGGAUCGAUUAACAGUGAUGGUUGGUGCGAAUGCAGCUGGAGAUUGUAAAUUAAAACCUCUCUUAGUUUAUCGCUCAGAAAAUCCAAGAGCCUUAAAAAAUAAAUCUAAAGCUGGUUUGCCUGUCAUUUGGAAGUCUAAUGCAAAAGUUUGGGUGACAGCUUCUCUUUUUGAAGACUGGUUUGGCCAUCAUUUUAUUCCUGAAGUCGAACGUUACUGCCGAUUAAAAGAAAUCCCAUUCAAAGUGAUGCUACUAAUUGACAAUGCGCCAGGUCAUCCUCCCGCAACUCUAAUUAAUUUCGAUCCACGUGUGGAAGUUGUAUUUUUGCCACCAAACACUACCAGCUUGCUUCAACCAAUGGACCAGGGAGUCAUUAAAACAUUUAAAGCUUACUACACAAGGCGGUCAUUUGCACAUCUACAUGAAGCUAUGAGACAAAACAAUGAGCUUUCUGUUAAAGACUUUUGGAAGCAAUUCAAUGUUUUAGAUGCUGUAAGAAUUAUUGGACAAUCUUGGAAUGAGGUUUCACAAAAAACUCUCAAUGGUGUCUGGAAAAAACUGUGUCCAUUUUUUUUCACCUCUGAAACCCAAGGAGAAACCAUUUCAGAUCCUGAACAAAUCGAUAGCAUAAUAGAAGAAGUGGUCGAUAUCGGCAAGCAAUUAAAUUUAGAGGUCGAUAAUGAUGACGUUCAAGAAUUGCUAGAUUCACACAAUCAAGAGCUAACAAUUGACGACGUUAUAGAAAUGCGUAAGUAUGAGCAAGAUAUUGACCAAACUGAUUCGCUAGACCCAGUUGAAUCGGUAAAUCAAAUGACAAUUGCAAACUUAACAGAAGGGCUCAAUUCAAUUGAAAAGGGGUUACAAAUUUUAGAAAAAAUUGAUUCUAAUGAAGAACGCAUUUCUACUACAAAACGAGGGAUAAAAAAAUUACUGGUAUGCUACGAGGAAAUUUUACGUGAAAAGAAGACAAAUUUAACUCGUCAGGCAACACUGUUAGAAUAUAUGAAGCCUUCGACAUCAAAAUAA